AUGGAAUCCAUCGAAGAGCUCGCCCAGAGAUGGCUCUCCCUGGACCAGGAUUCCACCACCAGGAACGAGAUCGAGACUCUGCUGCGUGAGAAGAAUGAAGCCGAACUCGAGAAACGACUCCGCAAGCGCAUCGCUUUCGGCACUGCUGGCCUACGCGGUCCCAUGAAAGCUGGCUUUGCUUGCAUGAACUCGUUGACCGUCCUUCAAGCAUCGCACGGGCUGGCGAACUACAUUCUCAAAACGAGGAAGACACCAUCUCGUGGGGCUGCGAAGAAACCAAGCGUCGUUAUCGAGCAUGACAGUCGCCACAAUUCAAUCAAGUUUGCGAAUCUGGCAAUUGCUGCUUUUCUGGAGAAAGGUUUCGCGAUCUACGGGUCUUUCACACCCGUGCAUACUCCCGUGGUGCCAUGGUCAGUCAGGCAGUAUGAAGCAGACGCCGGUGUAAUGAUCACGGCCUCGCACAACCCCAAGGACGACAACGGCUAUAAGGUAUACUGGAACAAUGGGUGUCAGAUCAUCCCUCCUCACGACGCCGGUAUCGCCGCGGAAAUCGAAAAAGUCGGAAGUAUAGACAGCUGGGUGUGUCCGGAUCUCGACGAUCAUGAAGAUGUGCACGACAUGUGUGAAACCAAUAAUCAGUACUACUCCGAACGUAUUAGAAGUCUUGUGUCGUUUCUCUCGAGCUCGUCAUCGGCUGAACCCGAGCAAAUCCUGCCUUGCGUCUACACUCCUUUGCAUGGUGUUGGCUCGUGGGCAAUUGAAUUUAUGCUUGGUCGCUCGUAUUCUGAGGCUCUACAACCCGUCCCGACCCAGGCAAAACCCGACCCAGACUUUCCCACCAUCCCGUUCCCCAACCCUGAGGAGAAGGGCGCCCUGGAUCUGGCAAAGCAAGAAGCAAACAAGCUAGGACUCAAGCUCAUCCUCGCCAACGACCCAGACGCAGAUCGCUUCGCCGCUGCCGAACUACUCGAAAACGGAGAUUGGCACCAGUUCACCGGCAACCAAAUGGGCAUCAUGCUCGCCUCCUUCAUGUUUGAGAUGCAUCAAGGCCCAAGAGACAAGCUGGCGAUGCUAACCACCACGGUCUCUUCCCGCAUGCUGGCCGCCAUGGCAAAGAAGGAAGGCUUUCACUUCCAAGAAACUCUCACCGGCUUCAAAUGGCUCGGCAAUAUCGCUCAAGACCUCAAUCGAGCCGGGUACCAACCAAUCUACGCUUUCGAAGAGGCCAUCGGAUACAUGUUCCCGAUCGUCUGCUGGGAUAAGGACGGUGUUGCAGCAGCGGCGGUCUUUCUCAAAGCUUGCGGGCAUUGGAAGAAGCAAGGCUUGACUCCGUACACGAAGCUUCAGGCGCUGUAUCAGAAGUACGGAUACUUUGAGGAUGCGAAUACCUACCUCAUUUCACCAUCCCCUGAGACGACGAACAAAGUCUUCAACGACGUCCGCCGUCUGAACAAGGGCUCACGACCAGAGACCGUCGGCAGCCGCACGAUCAGCAGAUGGCGGGACCUCACGACUGGCUACGACACCGCCACGCCCGACAACGAGCCGGAGCUUCCAAUCGACGCAAGCGCGCAGAUGAUCACGUGCGAAUUGGGGGAUGUGGUGUUCACAGCGAGAGGCUCAGGGACGGAGCCGAAGAUCAAACUGUACAUUGAAGCGCAGGCGAAGACUUCGGAGGAGGCGAAGGGGAUGGCGGAUGAGGUGUUGCGGGAUUUGUUGAGGGAGUGGUUUAGGGCGGAGUAUGGGUUGAAGCUUGCGGGUACGUGA